AUGGAAGAAAUAAACUAUGAUGAAAUUAUUAAAGAUUUAUCGGUUGGUAGAUAUUUUACAAGCUAUUGUGUAAUAGAUUUAAAUGAUUCAAAGAUUAAAGCUAGUACAGAGAACUUUAAGUAUAAAUCGCCAGGCGAGUUGACAGAGUUGAUUUCUAUGUUGAAAGGUGCAAGCUGGAAGGCAAAGGUUAAUGGAAUUGUAAUCGACGGUUGUAAAUAUACACCUAUUAAAUCGGCACAAGGUUUGAUAUAUGGUCAAUGCCAAACCGGUGGUUGUUGUUUAGUGAAAGCAGAGAAGAUAGGAAUCAUCGCAAUCUAUAUUGAUUUCAAACUAUAUGAUAAUGCAACACGUCUCAUUGAAACAGUUAAGAAGAAGGAAAAGGGUACUAGUAAUGGUGGUAAUGGUAGUGGUAAAUCAUCUGUAAAUGAUCAUAACAGUGCUCCAAAUGGUGCAUCACAUAAUCACUCAAAUGGUAACAAUAAUAUGGCAAUCACCAAUGGUGUAAAUAAUAAAAAUCAAGAUCAUUCCGACUAUAAUGAUUCAAAUACAACUUCAAAUGGCAAAGAGAUUGUAAUGCAUAAAGGUGUUUGUGGGUUAUCAAAUCUUGGAAAUACUUGUUUUAUGAAUUCAUCUGUUCAGUGUUUAGCACAUACAAUACCAUUUGUUGAAUAUUUUCUAUCGGGUAGAUAUACAUCGGAUAUUAAUAAAGUUAAUCCAUUGGGUAUGAAGGGACAGAUUGUAGAGAUAUUUGGAAAGCUAAUGAGAGAUAUGUGGUCAGGUGCAUCUUAUGUUGUACCAAAGAAUCUUAAAUGGGCAAUUGGUAAAUAUGCUCCACAAUUCAGUGGAAUAUCACAACAAGAUUCACAAGAUUUAUUAUCAUUCCUUUUAGAUGGUCUACAUGAAGAUUUAAAUAAAGUCAUAAAGAAACCAUAUAUAGAAGAAAAGGAUGAUAAGGAAACAAGGGAUGAUUCAGUAGUUGCAAAUGAACAAUGGGAGAAUCAUUGUAAGAGAAAUCAAUCGGUAGUUGUAAAUUUAUUUCAAGGUCAAUAUAAAAGUACAUUAGUUUGUAAUCAAUGUUCGAAGGUUAGUAUAACAUUCGAUCCAUUUAUGUUUGUUACAUUACCCAUUCCAGUUCCAACUGAGAGACUGUUUGAAAUACUGCUGUUUCGUUGUAAACCUACUGGACCUGUUGGACCUGAUUCAACUGGUGUCUAUUGUCUCAAUAAUUCAAUGGCACCCAUACACUACUGUUUGAGAUUGAACAAGAGGGAUUUCGUACAGACCCUACGUAUAGAGCUAUCCAAAGCUAGUGGAAUUGAAACACCUUGUUUAGCACUGGCAGAGAUAUUCAGAAAUAGGAUAUACACAUUCCUCAGUGACCAAAAGAAUCUUUCGUUCAUUAGGGAUCGUGAUGUUAUCAUUGGUUAUGAACUGCCUGUUGCCGGUGACGAUGUCUCGCGUCUACACGUCAUGCAGAGAAGACGAAAUUACACUAAUUAA